AAAUUAAUAUUGCUUUGGUCAACGAGUGAUGAAACAGUUCGAGUUUUAUCGUUUCUUGUCAUUUUACGACUGGCUUCUGGACUGCCAAAAGAUUAUACAGAUUAUAUAUUGCGGCACAUGUAUAUGGCAUAUGUGAGGAACUCUAAAUUCACAUCUCCAUCUUCGUGGCCACUGAUCAACUUUAUGAAGAAGUCUCUUGUGGAGAUGUAUGCACUGAAUCAGUCUCUGGCAUAUCAGCAUGCUUUCGUGUACAUUCGCCAGCUUGCAAUACAUCUACGGAAUGCAAUCACUUUAAAGAAAAAGGAUUCACAUCAAGCAGUCUACAAUUGGCAGUACAUACACUGUCUUCUGCUAUGGAGCCACCUUUUGUCAACUUUAUGUCCCAGUGAAAGUCUACAACCACUCAUGUACCCUUUAAUCCAGAUCACCAUUGGAACUAUCAAACUUAUUCCUACACCAAAGUUCUUUCCACUGAGAUUCCACUUAAUUAGAACCCUUAUGAAAUUAUCCAGGGACACGGACACUUUUAUUCCAGUUCUCCCAUUUAUUCUAGAGUUGAAAGAAUUUCUCAAAAAAUGCAAAAUUGGAAACUAUUGUCGUCAGAUGAAGCAGAUUUUGAACAAAAUGGAAGAAAAUUCCAAUUUCAUCGUAGAAUCCCGAAAAAAUGCAAACUUUAGUAUCACUGAAUUAGAACCUUUGAACCAAUGGGAGCAGAAAAUUAAAGAACAGGGAACUCCCUUAUCAAAAUACUACACUACAUGGAGAAAACUUCGAGACCAUGAAUUAUUGCAUGGGAUAACAAAAAAAGAACAGCUGGAUGAUUAUAACUUACCAACUGUGAAAAGGAAACAAAUUCAAGAGAAAAAAAAGCAAGACUACAAGGACUUUAAAGGGUUAUUGGAAGGAAGUGAAGAUAGUGAAUCUGAGGAUGACAAUGUGCGAUUUUUGCCAAAAGAGGAACGACCACUGAAAUUUGGGUUUCCAGUGGAAAGUACUGAUGAACAUAAUGAAUUUGGUGAUCAGGAAAAUAUGAAAUUAAGGUAAGAAAUGUGAUAUCCA